AUGGAUUCAGCAGAUGCUCAAGCACAUUCUACAAUCCAUACUACAAACGGCGGACAACUGAUUACAGAAGCCGACAGAAUUAAGCACAGGGUCGAUUCUUUUCAAGGCUGGCGUGGAAAUAAAACUCCGACCCAGCUGGCAAUCGCAGGAUUCCGAUACACGGGCUUGUCCGACAAAGUGAUCUGUGAUACCUGUGCACUCAAGUUAUACAACUGGCUGGAGAAGGAUAACCCAGUCCAAACGCACAAAUUACAUUCCCCAGACUGCAGUUUCAUAAAGAAAUGGUUCUCGAGUCAAGAAACCUCAACAGGGAACCCCAAUACACAAGCCAGUCUUCCACCUCCAAGAUAUCCAAACUAUUCCACCUACGAAGACCGGGUGGACAGUUUCUAUGGAUGGCCAUGUAAACAUGAACAUCAGUCUCCCUCUUGCAUGGCUCAACAAGGCUUCUUCUACAUCGGGUCCGCAGACAGGGUAUCGUGCUUCCAAUGUGGACUGCGUCUUCGAGACUGGGACGAGUGUGAUUAUCCUUCAGACUGCCAUAGAGAAUGGUCGCCGGACUGUCCUUUUAUUAACAAACGCAAGCCUUGUGAGCUUGGUGCUACAGUAAAAGACACUGUGGAUACUGUACCUGAGACUUCUGAAGACAGCAGGAUAGUGCAAACAACAACUGCUGCUGCAAAUAACCUAACACUAUGUGACAAUAAUACAGCUUCUUGUACUUCAUCAGACUCUGGGGAGGGCUCGGAAAAAAGUAGUUGCAUUACUGAUGCUAGAUGCGCUUCUGAUGUCCGUCAAGGUCAAGUGGACUGGAGUAGUCCCAAGAUACAGGCAGUCUUAGAGAUGGGAUGUUCAAAGGAGAUCAUAGAACAAGUAACAACUGAACGACUGAGAAAUGCUGGAAAGGAUUUUCUCAAUGCUGCUUCACUUUAUGAAGCCAUUCUUAAAGUGGAACAUAAUACAGCUUGAAGGCAAGUCCAAAUAUACCCCUUUCACUAACAAUUACGGGUAUGAUAAUAAAUUAGUGCAGGUUGGAAAAUAGAUGGAAAACCAAUAAUGUGUAAUCUGUUCCAUAUAUUGAUCUUUAUGGAGAUUCAGAGCCAC